AUGACGCUUUACUACAGUCUUGUCUUUUGCCUUCUCGUCCUCGAGAUGGGCGUCUUCAUGGGCCUGAUCGUACCCCUUCCCUUCGCUGUCAGGCGUAAGCUUUUCACCUUCGUCUCGGAAAGCCCGGUAAUCGCGAAGUUGCAAUAUGGCCUUAGGAUCACAUUUAUCUUCAUCCUCAUCUUGUUCAUUGACAGCGUCAACCGGGUGUACCGGGUACAGCUGGAGGUGUCCGCCUUCUCGAAAGAGGGUGGAAAUGUGGGAGGUGCCGCCCUCGGUACCGACCGCUCGGAAGUCCAAGCCCGCAAGUUCUACUCUCAACGCAACAUGUACCUCUGUGGAUUCACUCUCUUCCUGUCUCUUAUCCUCAACCGCACCUACACCAUGAUCCUUGAGACCCUCCGCCUUGAAGACCGUGUCAAGCUUCUCGAAGGCAACAAGAAGUCUGGCGGCAAGGAUUCUGCUCGUCUUGCACAGGCUGGUGACAUGGGUGAGAUCGGACGUCUGAAGAAGGAGCUUGAGGCCAAGGACCGUGAUAUCGACACUCUGAAGAAACAGACUGAGGGCCUUACUCGGGAAUACCACAACUUGGGUGACCAGGUUGCGGGCAGCAAGAGCGAAGGCUCCGGUGAGAAGAAGGAUCUGUAA